CAGCAUCACGGGGGUUUUAAUCGCUCUCUCUCUCUCUCUCUCUCCAUCACCGAAACGUAGGAGGCGCCGAUCAAACCUGUGGAGUGAGUCUCUCGCGCGCUCUCUCUCUCUCUCUCUCUCUUUCCUGUCUGUCUGGUCUUGAGGAUCACUACACACACCUCGCCUGUGGAGUAGUUGUAGUUUAGAAACAAUAAAACAGGAUUUUCGGGCUCUUCAUAUAAGAAAAUCUCAGCUGUCAUUCCGGAAGACUCAUCUUAUUGUCGCCUUGAGUAGCCUACAGUUGAAGCGAACAGCUGUGAGCGCGUGUCAUCCGGGAGCCAAUCAAGCAGCCAUGGACUCGUUAAUGAAGGGUCUCUCUCGAGCCAAGGAAGGGGUCGCGGCGGCGGCCGAGAGAACCAAGCAGGGAGUGAGUGGAGCGGCCGAGAUGACGAGAGAUGGGGUUAAGUUUGUCGGUGGCAAAACAGUGGAUGGAGUCACAACAGUUGCCGGUAGAACUGUUUCUGGAGUGUCUCAAGUGGGAGGCGCUGUGGUUACCGGGGUAACCGCUGUGGCCAAUAAAACUGUGGAGGGUGCUGGCAGCAUUGCUGCUGCAACUGGAUUGGUCAAGAAGGAUCCGGCCAAAAAAGGUGAGGAUCCCUCGGCAGCGCAGACCCUGGCAGAGUCACCAGUUGACAAUGAUCCUGCUGAUAUCACAGAGGAGGACUCUGAUAACUGAACGGAUCAAGAGCGUCACAAUCAAAGAUCAAAAGAUCAACAACCGAAACAUUCCAUGUCGCUCUGCCAAGUCCCGUUGUGCCUCGUUUUUCGUCCUUACCUGGAGUCUGUACCCAACGUCUGUGUGUGUGUGUGUGUGUGUGUGUGUGUGUGUGUGUGUGUGUGUGUGUGUGUGUGUGUGUGUGUGUGUGUGUGUGUGUGUGUGUGAUGUCACAUAUGUAUGUACAGCAGUGUGUGUAAAUGUUGUAGAUAAAAAAAAGAGAUGAUUUUUGUGUGUGCAUGUGUGACUUAUACACAUCAGUCCUAAAGCAGACCUCAGGUGUGUCAUCUGUGACCAGCUGUCCUUUACAGUGUUUCCCUUCCACUGAGAACGCCUCCUGGUCACUGUGUGUCUAUGUGUGUGUGUGUGUGUGUGUGUCUAUGUAUGUGUGAGUGUGUGUCUUUAUGUUCAACAAUCUACAUGUGUGGCUAUGUCAAUAACUCAAACAUGGAACUAUACUACAAUUUACCACUUCAAACACCUAAGUGUCUCUAUAUAAAUGAACUCAAUACAGUGAUCUGUCUGAAACCGAGGCAUAAUGAUAUUCUCUAUUUUUGUCCGUACAAUGUCACUGUUUUUUGGCGAUGAGCUUUAAAGUGCUGGACUUUUUUUGUGCAUACAUGUUGUAUUUUUUAGGUUGUGGACUUGGACUUUGAAAAACCAAGAGCAUGUAAAAGUAGACAGGUUUACAGCUGUGAGGUGUGUUUAUUUGGAGUGUUAGUGUUGAAUAAAAUAUGUAAAGAGUG